UUUCUGAAAAAUCAAAUAAUAUUGAAAAUAAUACUUUGUAUGAUGAUAAUAAUUGUAGUGAUGUAGAUGAAUUUAUGGUUAAUUUAAACCAAAUAUCAAAAAAUUUGAUAGAUGAUAUUCAUGUAUUUAAUACAAAUUGCGAUGAAACAAUACCAAAACUUAUCGAUAUUUUUGAUUCAAAAAUU